UCUGAGCAACCUCACCAGCCAGUCAUGGGGGAGAAGAAAGUUGCGAGAAUGAGGUUGAAGGUUGACCUUCAGUGUGAGAAGUGCUACAGGAAAGUGAAGAAAGUGCUGUGUAAAUUCCCCCAAAUACAAGACCAGGUGUAUGACGAGAAGCAGAACACAGUGACGAUCAAAGUGGUAUGCUGUAGUCCUGAGAAGAUCAAGCAAAAGAUUUGCUGCAAAGGUGGUGAUUCCAUCAAGAGUAUUGAAAUUAUACCUCCACCCAAGCCUAAAGAACCUAAAAAGCCUGAAGAGAAAAAGAAAGAGCCAGCAGAGCUGCCAAAACAGAGACCAAUCGAACCAAUACAGGCACCACCCAUAGGCAAACCCCCGACCGAGCCACCACCAGCACGAGCAAAAGCAGAGCCGCCAAAACAAGACAAGCCUAUGGUUACUUUUGUUGACCCACCGGCACCGGGCUUCCCACCACCGGCUUAUCCGAACCCGGUUGGAAUGUGUUGCAGGGAAUGCUACGAGGGGCGUGGAAGGGGGCCAUGUUACCAACUAGAUUACUAUGGACGGCCAAGAUGCUAUUGCGGAUAUAACGGGAGGCCGGUGUGUGAUAGCUGGGGUACCGAUAGUUACGGAGUAAAUAGAUGUGAUUACUUUAGCGAAGAGAAUCCUAAUGCGGCUUGCAGAAUCAUGUAAAAAUAAUGGUGGUGCACUGCAUGCAUCAGAAGCUAGUUGGUUUCAACAUAGUUAUGUUGUCUAGUGACUAGUGGCAUUUGGGUAUUUUCUGUUUUGGUUUUUGUUAAAGAGAGUGUUGUCAAUUAUCUAAUUAAGUACUUGAUGAAUGGUUGUCUCCAUUAAUACUUUUCCACAGUGCAUUUCCUUU